AUGGACGACAACAUGAUGAUCGACUCAGCUACUCCUGCGCAGUCAAGCCUUACGCAAAACUUUCAAGCCAUUGUAAACAAUAAUCAAGUCGUACUGGACUGGAAAUAUGAGAUGAGACGUCAAAUGCAGGAAAUUCUACCGGGACUUUAUCUCGGCCCAUAUUCUUGUUCUAAGGAGUAUGACUUGCUCAAACAAAAUAACAUAACACAUAUUGUAUCUAUCCGUGAUUCUUCAGAGAAGAAGAUUUUACGCCCUAGGUUUCUUAAUGAUUUUCAGUACUUUGAGAUUGAGGUGUCAGAUUCUCCGAAUGAACGAUUGAUUCCACAUUUUCCACAGGCCAAAGCAUUCAUUGAUAAUGCUCUACUAAAUAAUGGCAGAGUUUUUGUCCAUUGCAAUGGGGGAAUUUCCAGAAGUCCCGCCUUUGUGGUUGCAUAUGUCAUGGAAACUACUAAAAUGGAUUAUCAACAUGCUUACAGCUUUGUACAAAAUAGAAGAUUCUGUAUGAAUCCAAAUGAAGGUUUUAAAGUACAAUUAAAGGAAUACGAGCCAAUUUAUUCAGCAAGGGAUACUAUUAACGGUCAUCAAUACACUCAAGGUGAAUUAGAAAGACAGGCUUUACGAAGAUCUGCUCCGGAUGAUGAUGAUCCAAAUGAGUUCGAACUUGCUAGGCGUGCACCUGCCUUCCAUGAAGAACCACAAGUGCAGAGGUGA